UGAACCACCGGUAGGGAGCGGAGCAUCGGAAAAAAACAGUCCGACAGAGAGCGACCAAGAUCCGGGCCUUUUCUCUCCUCCUCCACCCUUGCCUGCCUCGCCUGGCUCCGUUGUUGGCGACGCCCUAAAAAAUUUUUUUUUUACUAGCGAGUAGUAGAGACUGAAACCCUGCACAGAAACAUCCAUGAAAGCUCCACUCGUUACCGGGGUGAAUUUUAGGAGAUCGGAUAGAUUUAUAUUGCAUCUCGACUUGUGAGGAAGAGGUGGAAAAAAUAAUAAUAUGAGUAAAUUGUCGUUUCGGGCUCGGGCUCUGGACGCAACCAAGCCACUGCCUGUCUUCCGCUGCGAGGAUUUACCCGACCUGCACGAAUAUGCAUCCAUUAACCGGGCUGUGCCGCAGAUGCCUACGGGGAUGGAGAAAGAAGAGGAAUCGGAACACCAUCUCCAGCGGGCCAUCUCAGCGCAGCAGGUAUAUGGCGAGAAGCGGGACAACAUGGUCAUCCCGGUCCCCGAGGCGGAGAGCAACAUCACCUACUACGAAUCCCUCUACCCAGGGGAAUUCAAGAUGCCAAAGCAGCUAAUUCACAUACAGCCUUUCAGCUUGGACACGGAGCAUCCCGACUACGACCUGGACUCAGACGACGACGCGUUUGUCAACAAGUUGAAAAAGAAGAUGGAGAUCAGCUUCCUGCAGUUUGAGGAGAUGAUUGACCGGCUGGAGAAAGGCAGUGGACAGCAGCUGGUGAGCCUUCCCGAGGCCAAACUGCUUCUGAAGGAGGACGACGAGCUCAUCAAGGAGGUCUUCGACUACUGGAGCCGCAAGAGGAAAAACAGCAAGGCCAACUCGCUCAUCCCCAACGUCAAGCAGGAGAAGCGGGACGGCUCAAGCACCGGUGAUCCCUACGUGGCCUUCCGGCGGCGCACGGAGAAGAUGCAAACCAGGAAGAACCGUAAGAACGAUGAGGCGUCCUACGAGAAGAUGCUGAAGCUACGCAGGGAUCUGAGCCGAGCCGUCACCAUCCUGGAAAUGAUCAAGAGGAGGGAGAAGAGCAAGAGAGAGCUGCUACACCUAACGCUGGAGAUCUUUGAGAAGAGAAACGUCAUGUCAGACUACAGCGGUGAAGUGAUGGCAGAGGUGCUGGCUGAACGGGCGCUGGUGAGGCCACAGAUAAUUCCCCUGGUCCCACUCACGAACCAGUACCGACACCAGGACCACAUGGACCUCAAGGACUACAAGUCUAAGCCGGAGAAGACGGAAGUUCCCCGACAGAAGAGGAAAUACGAGAAGAAGCAGAAGGUGCUGCCUCUGUCGUCGAGCACCCCACACCAUCCGGGUCCGGCCGUCUUCAACGCCAAGGACCUCAACCAGUACGACUUCCCCAGUUCAGACGACGAGCCCUUGUCCCAGCUGCACUCAGGCUCAUCAGAAGCAGAGGAGGAGAACGACCCAGAUGGUGGCUACGCUUUCCGCAGGAAGGCAGGCUGCCAGUACUAUGCUGCUCGUCAGGAUCGUGUGGGUAGCUGGCCGUGGUGCGCAGCCUGGGACGACGGUCUGGCCGAAACUCGCUAUCGCUACAGUCUCACUACACUCACAGUGCCGCGGCGCUGCCUGGGCAUGGCUCGACGCCGCGUGGGACGAGGCGGAAGGGUGCUGCUGGACAGGGCGUACACGGACUACGACGAAGUUUUCCACCGACUGGAUCCAGAACUGCUCGACCUGCCUCUUCCACCCUCCCCUCUUCUUCUUCCUCCUACUCUUACAACUACUUCACGCACGCCGGCCACCGACAAGUUUGCCAGUACCUCAGAAACAAAUACCUCGGACGGAAGUUCCCACACCUUCAACUCCUCUCCUCUUUCCUCUUCCUCUCCCUCUUCCACGGACCUCAGUCAGAUACUGUUGAAUAUAAAGUCGUGCCGAUGGAGGCACUUUAGACCGCGGACACUACCACUACACGAGCUGGACAAUGCCCACCCUCUAUUCAGGAGGCUGAGCCGAGGCCUGAAGCGGCCAGUCUCUGCCUCCACAGCUGGAGGACAGCCCUCGCGUCGCCCUGGGAGGGUUGUCCCAGCACCCGCACCCAUUGCUGCUUUCACAGCCGAACAGUACCAGCAGCAUCAGGAGCAGCUGGCCCUGAUGCAGAAACAGCAGCUGGAGCAAAUCCAGCUCCAACAGCAAGCCAACAGCACCGCCACUGCCAACAGCACACAGGGCCUGGCGAACACGUUGGACCAGAGCAGCGCACAGUUCGCUGCCUCGGCCGUCGUCACCGCCGACCAACUACUGGCUCACCAAACAAAGGAGGAGCUAGGCCUGGGAGGCGGAGUCAAUGGUGUCCUCUCCCCCUCAGGUGUCUACAAGGGCUUGCACCUCUCGAGCACAGUGUCCCCAUCCCCCGCUACCACGGCCCCCUCCACCACUACCCCGAGCCACGCCUCGCUCCACCCGUGCACCACCAGCUCCACCUCCGCCACCAGUAACAACAACGGCACGGCCCACCCCGCCAACACCACUACCACUAACACAGCCACCACUCAGGUCCUGCUGGGGAACAACAACAACAGCCUCCGUCUGGGCGUCCCCAGCGGCAAGCGCGUCCACGCCCCGCGGAUGCUGAGCACCAACAUGUCGACAUCCGCCUUAAAGCUCGCCCACGCAGCCGCUGCAACCGCCAACUGUCAGAAACCCAAGGUCCCCGCAGCCUCGGCAUCGCCGCUCGACAUCGUGCCCAGGGAGAAUCAUGAACAAGACAAGCCAGCACUGAACAGUCUAUCAGAGAACACAAUGGCCAUGGAAGUUACGUAGCCUCCUUGAACGCAGCACGGGGGGAAAUGUAACCCUUUUUUUGUUUUGUUUUUGUUUUUUUUAGGUGCUAUGCAUCGUUUGUUAGUCGUGAAUGCAAGUGGUGGCGGAAUGAGCACGGCAAGGCUGGGUUUCCAUGGCAACUGUUUUGGGACUUAAUUGCAAUGCUCGUCUCGUACAAUUUUUCCCCCCCUCCUCCCUCUCACUCCCCCCCCACUGCCCCCCGAAUUUCCUUAUUUGUUACUGUUAAUAAGAGAUCGUCUGUAAAUUCUUAAUAUGGCAAUUAUAUGUACAGUACUGCAUAUUUGUAAUACCCCCCCUCCUCCUUAUCCUCCCUCCUUACCCCCCCCUCCAAACACCCCAUACCCUCCACCCACCCCCCCUUGUUCUUGUAUAUAACAUUACUUGAAUACAGAAUUGUUCAUUUGUGAUGUUUUGCACUCGAGAUAUAAAAGAGAAAAAGAGAAGAAAAAAAACGACAUAAAAAAAAUCUAAAUUAAAAAGAGAAAACGACAAACUGCAACUGGUGCGAGUAUGAGGUGUGAAAGUUGUACCACAGAAAAAAUGAUGUAUGUCAUCACAUGCAUGGUGCGGAGCCUGCUGUUUGAUCUAUUUAUUGUGCCGUGUUUACAAAGGGUUUUCUUUUUUCUUUUUUUUAGUUAUAUUUUUUCCCCUUUUUCCUCCCGUUUUUUAAAACAUUUUUUAAACAUUUUUUUAUACACUGUACCCCUCACUGGUUCCCCGUGCUGUAGUCAGUGUUAAGCUAGAUUUUUAAAAACAAGAACUCUAUGUAUUUUUUUUUUUUUUUUUUUGGGAUGUUGUGAACAUGGCCGGGAGCUCGCCUCAUUUCAAAUUUUUCUUUAGAUUUUCCCUUUUUUUACAUUUAAAAAAAAAAUCAUUUUUGCUCCAUUGGGCAUUCUUCCAAAAUGUUCCCGGUGUGUAUGUGUGUAAUGUUGAAUCCGUGAUGGAGACAUGCAUUCAUACAGAUUCAAGCGCAGGGCAAAUAAUAGAAUAAGAAGAAGAAUAAGACGAAUAAGAAGGAGACGAAAGGUGUGUGAAUUUGUUUGUUUGUAGGCAUCAGUUUGUCAGUGGGUUCAAAUCAGUUUCCACAAAGCUCUUCCAUACAUAUAUUAUUAUUCCUGAGACAAGUAACAAAACAAUGGGGAUGAAGACUCUUUCCCAGAAGACUUUGCUGCUUCUGACUUAUCUAAGCACUAUAUAAUUUGUUUUUAAUUGAUUGAUUUUGCUGCUUUUGUAUGUUUUUAAUUUUUGGGCGUCUGGUUUGUAUCAGAUGGCCUCAUUCACUGUUUUUUAUUUUAUUUUGGUUCUCUAAAAGAUAAUCCCCCCCACCUCCACCACCUUCCAACGUAUCAUUUUCUAAAAUAAAUAUUUUUAUAUCUCCCUUUUUUUUUUUUAUUUAAAUUUUCCUCACGAAAGACUUCAUUCUUUUGUUACUUGUUGAUCUAAAAAAGAAA